UGCGGACAGCAGACUCAAGAUGCGCCCGAAAGAUCUGGGACAGGUAUACACGGGACUCCGGCCGGGGUCUGGACCCGGGGACCCAGCAGCAGCCAACCGCGCACCCGCGCCCGCAGCCAGCUCUGCUUCAGAGCCCUCGGCCGAACCCGCUCCUGUGCGGGCACCAGGGACUGGACAGGGAGCAGGAUCCAGAGUAGCCUCCGGGUCCCAGUCGGUCUCGGAAGUCCCCACCGGAGCUCGCCUGGCCUCCGAGGCUGGGUCGAAGGCGGGAGCCCAGCGCGUGUCCGCAUUCUCAGCCUCCCAGGGGAAUGCCCAGUCCGAGCCUGACAACUCGGACGCACCGUGGACCCGCUUUGUAUUCCAAGGUCCCUUUGGUCCUCGCGCCACUGGCCUGGGGACUGGAAAGGCGGCGGGCAUCUGGAAGACGCCAGCCGCUUACAUUGGCCGGCGACCCGGGGUGUCUGGCCCUGAGCGCGCCGCCUUUAUUCGGGAGCUGGAGGAAGCUUUGUGUCCUAACCUACCUCCACCAGUCAAGAAGAUCACCCCGGAAGAUAUCAAAGUGAUGCUGUAUUUGCUGGAGGAGAGAGAGCGCGACCUGAACACGGCUGCUCGCAUUGGCCAGUCCCUGGUGAAACAGAACAGUGUUUUGAUGGAGGAGAACAGCAAACUGGAAGCCAUGCUGGGCUCAGCCAGGGAGGAGAUUUUACACCUCAGGUACCAGGUGAAUUUGCGGGAUGACCUCCUUCGGCUCUACUCCGACUCUGAAGAUGGGGAUGAUGAUGAAGAGGAGGAGGACGAGGAGGAGGGAGAGGAGGAGGGAGAGGAGAAGGGAGAGGAGGAGGAAGAGGAGGAAGAGGAAGGGGAAGAGGAGGAAGAGCAGGAACAACAACAGUAUGAUCACCGCUAUGACACCCCCAAGCCGACUCCUCGGGAGGACUUGCUGCACCACUGUCCACAGAUGGAAGCCUUACAGCAGAAGCUCAAGCUGCUGGAGGAGGAGAACGACCAAUUGAGAGAGGAGGCCUCCCAGCUUGACACCCUUGAGGAUGAAGAGCAGAUGCUCAUUCUGGAAUGUGUGGAGCAGUUUUCGGAAGCCAGCCAGCAGAUGGCCGAGCUGUCCGAGGUGCUGGUGUUUAGGCUGGAGCACUAUGAGCGGCAGCAGAAGGAGAUUACGCGACUGCAGGCACAGGUCGCAAAGCUGCAGAAGCGCUGCCAGUCGUAUGGGGCUGAGACUGAGAAGUUGCAGCAGCAGCUGGCUUCAGAGAAGGAGAUCCAGAUGCAGUUCCAGGAAGAGGAGGCACGUCCGAGUCUGCAGGAGACCCUGGCCCAGGAGCUCAGAAUGUCUCUGAGGAGGAUUAUCUCAGACCCUGUGUACUUUAUGGAAAGACACUAUGAAAUGCCCAGAAGGGGGCCAUCCAACCUGAGAUACGACCUUCGCUACAGUGAGAAGCGAGAGCGGGAACAGGGCUUCGAGGCUGAGGAUGGGUUGAUGCCAGCAGAGGACAUUGUAUCGGGGGAAGAUUUCCUGCCUGUGGAGGAGCUGGGCGCCACAGAAGAGGUGGCAUCUGCUGAUGGGGUGACGGAGGAGGCAGAGCUGGUGUCUGAUGAGACCGAGGCCUGGGAGGAGGUAGAGCCGGAGCUAGAUGAGGCCACACGGAUGAAUGUGGUGACCUCGGCCCUGGAGGCCAGCGGCCUGGGCCCGUCACACCUAGACAUGAAGUAUGUCCUCCAGCAGCUGGCCAACUGGCAGGACGCCCAUUACAGGCGGCAGCUGAGGCAGAAGAUGCUUCAGAAGGGUGAGGGCUCCCCUGGGGGCUUCCCUCUUGCCAGCCGGACGAGCUGCAGAUCGUCAAGCCGAUGAAGGAUGAGAUGAAGGAUGAAGGGUGAGGGCAGGCGUUGUUGUUUCCCAGCAGCCUGCAGAGGCCCCACAGACAGCUGGAGGCCCCUCCUUCUGCUACCUGGCUCCCCACGCCAGACCUUCCUUCCCAUCCUCCGAAAGGGGACCCCAUGUUUGUUUUCAGCCCAUCCUCUGUCUCAAUGAACCUGGGCCAGAAUUUGAGGGCCCAAGCCUCAACCUUCUUCUGGGACAGGCUGAAGGAACCCAGCCCUUGUUCUGCAAAUAUGCAUGUGGUUCAAAAACUCUGGCUGCUGGGCCUGGAUCACAUGGUGGCCUGGGGACAGAAGAUGCCCAGAGGGAGACCCUCCAGCUUCCAGACCCAGCUCUGAGAGAGCAUGGGACUGAGCAGGGGUGGGGAGUGUCAGGUGCCAAGUGUAGGAAGUUGUUGUGAAGACCCUCCCUAGAACACGCUCUUUGUCCUUGACCCCCAAAUUAAAGGUGGCUCUCAAGUCCUCUACUUUUAGGGGACCUGGUCCUCGUUCCCUGUUCAUCCUUCCUUCUCAGUCUCUCUUACUGUUCGUAACCAGAAGUGUCUCUGUGUGUGUGUGUGGGUGGGUGAGUGGUCCCUUUCAGUAGUGUCCUUUGAGAGGGAGCCUGUGACCUGUUGGCAUCCACGCUCCCCACCUAAGGCCCUCCCGGGGUCCAGUCCUUCCUCCCUCCUGUCACCCUCAGUGCCCCUUGUUUUCUCCUUCUAGAUGUUCCACCCUUUCCUACUCCUUUGUUCACGAACAGCUUGGGUGUGUGGCUCAGGACCACCACCAGGGCCUGCUCCACGCCCACAGUGCUUCUCCGUCUCCUUUGCUUGUCAGCUUGUGUACUUGCCAGUGCAGGAAAUAAAGGAUCUGUGCUACC